AUGUUCUUCUCAAAUAUCGCUUCGUCUGCGCCUCAGCUGGCCUGGUACAAGGCUUUCCUGACGGCCGCACUCGCCGGAGCAAUUCCUACCAUGUCCAGACUGUUUGCGGUUACGGGACAAAACACCAAACGUAAUGCGGGAAGACGAGCCGUUGACACAGAAAUUCUCCUGCGCGAAGCUCAAUCCAAGCCUAGAGACUCGGAUCGGUAUGCAACAGCUGUGGCAAGGACAAACUACUUACACGAGAGAUACCGCCGAGCGAACAAGAUCACGGAUAACGACCUUCUGCACACUCUAGGAGACAGCCUGCUUUCUAUCGUCGAAGUUGUUGACAAGGACGAAUGGCGCAAGUUGACCGACGUCGAGAAAUGUGCCGCCGGCAUCUUUCAUAAGAUUCUAGGCGAGGAUCUAAAGAUCCCAUACGAUGUACUGCCAUCGAGCAGGGAGGGCUGGGCAGACGGUCUUCACUUCGCGAAUGAACUGUCGGACUGGGUUGUUCGGUAUGAGGAAGAGGUCGCGAAGCCGUCAGAGCAAACGAACCAAUACGUCAGCGUCUAUGUGGAUGCGGCGGUGUCUUCUCUGCCUAAUUUUGUGCGAACGACGUUGAGAAAGACACUGGCCUCUGAUAUGAAUAACGUUAUGGUGCAGAGCCUCGGUCUUGAGUCCCCGGGUAUCAUUUUAUCGACUAUCCUUGCCGUUAUCCGAAACUCACGAAAAUUCUAUCUUCGACACCUUGCACUUCCACGCACUUCUUACUCGGCUGUCAAGCUCGUCGACGAAGCACCCAACCCCGAAACAAAGCUUUACAAUUUCCAGAGGAAGGUCUUGCAGCCAUGGUAUAUGAAACCAACAUUCUGGUCGACCUGGGGACCGAGUGCGAUGUUGUUACGGAUGCUUGGGGCGAAAGCGCCGGGAUCGCGCGGAGAUAGAUAUUACCCGCAAGGGUACGAUCUGAUGACGAUUGGACCUGAGCCACAAAAAGGAAAAGGAACGGACGAGAUGCUGCCCGAUAUCGAAAUCAUCAAGGCUAGAGGUGUUGCCACGUGCCCAUUCUCACAGUCCAAAGCCGGGUACAUCUAG